CCUGCUCCAUCUCCCAGAGUGAUAAAGACCCGCCCGCCUCGACACUCCUGUUUAUAGCUGGCAGCCAGGACUCCCUGAUUGGAGCAGAUGAACAGCCCCAAUCUGGAAACUCCUAUUCUCUGGCUGACCUCUACUAUCCCUGGGAGGCCACAGCUCAGUUGAAGGAAGCGUUUAAGGAUCCCUCGGUGGUCCCUGCACUUUGCACCAUCCUCGCAAAUUCACCAAACCCUCAGAUCCGUCAGUUUGCAGCAGUGCUGGUGAGGAGGAGAGUGGCAAAGCACUGGAAGAAACUCUCGGUGGAUCUCAAAGAGAAUUUGAAGCCAAUAGUUCUGCAGUCUCUACAGCAGGAACAUGAACACAAGGUCCGGCACUCUGUCGCUCAGCUGGCAGCCAUUAUCGUCAAGCAUGAAACGCCCGAGAAGUGGCCGCAGUUGCUUCAGUUUAUAACUCAAUGGACAAAGAGCAGUGUUCCGGAAGAGAGACAGGUCGGGAUGCUGCUGCUGAGCACUGUCGUGGACAUCAGCACCGAGUCCUUCAAGCGACAUUUUCGUGAACUGAUGCGUCUCUUCCACCAGACGCUGGAGGACCACGACAACCCAUUGGUGGUCUUCUACACCAUUCAGACACUCACUGCUGUGGUCUCCUACAUGGGAACAGAUGAAGUGAAUUUGAUGCGCCCUAUGAUCCCAAAGCUGCUGGUCGCUAUCCAGACCCUCAUUCAGCACAAUCAGGAUCAAGCCAGCGAGGCGAUGGAAGUUUUCGAUGAACUGAUGGAGAGUGAAGUGUCGAUCAUUGUGCCGUACCUGUCUCAGAUUGUCCACUUCUGCCUGGAGAUUGCAGCCAAUGCCAUCCUGGGGGACAACAUCCGAGUCAAGGCCUUGUCUUGUGUGAGCUUCCUGAUCAAGCUGAAAGGAAAGGCCAUCAUGAAACAGAAGCUGCUGCCCAGUAUCCUGAACGUGCUGUACCCCAUAAUGUGUGCUCCCCCACCCGAGGGGGAAAUGGAUCCCGAAGAUCUGGACCUGGAAGAUGACAUCGAGGAGGAGGUGGAGGCUCAGACUCCGAAACACUUCUCAGCACAG